GUCCUGCUGUCACCUCCGCACACCAUGAGCACUCGGCCUUACCGGCAGUAUUUCGCUGCGCCAUCGCAAGCAUCCUACUGUCGCGUUGCUGUUAUCGUGUACUUCUAGAGACUUUCGUUUGACGAAUCCUAAUUGUCAACGCGACACACUCCCCGUCACCCCAAGUGACGUCCAAGUUCUCGAAACUUCAGCCUCCAAGAUUUACCUCAGCGCACCGUCCUCCUGCAAAGCAAGCAGAUCACUUACUAGCUGUAAGCGAACGAAUUCUGGAAUCUUUGCGAGUCGUUCAAAGGGCUACCGUACCAAACCAUGCACGGCAAUGGCAAGAGCUGAUUGGGGAGGUCAAUUUCGCUGGAUUUCCAGUCUCCGGUGCCACAAUCUUUAUCGCAGACGAGAUGAUAGGGCUCGUAGCCACGAGCCAUUGAUUCCGUGAACGGUCCAAAGAGUCUUGGUAAAGACCCCGAUAACGACAGAAUGCCUCUCCUCAAUGCCACCUCGGUCGCAGCAGUCUUGAUACUGCUCUACCUUUCGUCGUUCCUGCUAUUGGCCAUCCUGCGUAUUGCUACUGGAGUAUCCAUUCAAAGAAUUGGCUAUUUUAGCUUGAGACACAUAUCAUAUACACCGAGAGAGGGCUUGAGAAUUGAUCUUCGAGGGCUAGGCCUGAGCCCACACAGGCCAACGUUCGCGCAGCCUACAUGGAUCAGCCUCGUAUUCGAAGAGUUGAAAGUGACAAUUGAUCCCGCGGUCUAUGAGAACUCGCCCCAGAGAUCUAGCGGCACAAAAGAUGUGGACGGAAAAAAAGACUCGAACGAGAAGAAGGAGCGCAAAACCCGAAGGCUGGGUGGUAGGAGCAAACUAUGGAAGAAAUUGACCAAUAUCAAGGAGUGGCUUAAGCGCAUUCACCGAAAGAUCCAUAUCCUCCGCAUGUUCGAUAUCAGCUUCAUAAACACUUCUGCUGAGGUCGUCGGUGUCGGCUACGUGCAGGUCUCCAACUUCACCAUGGCAGUCUACACGCGACGGAGGCUGCUUGACCGCGGGCGCCUUUUUCGUCACAAAAAGGAGCCAUUGGGAACGCAGAAGCCAGCCGAAUGGGUUUUUGCUGUCCGGAGUGUUCUUCUGGGGUCUGGCGGUCACGAUCCCAUUGAAAUCCUGGACAACAUGACAAUCAAUGUGCAUGGGCUCCUCUAUAAGGAACGUGAAGGCCUCCGGGACACAUCAAUCGCUAUCAAGGCGGGCCGUCUCUACGCGCCAGUUGAUGAGAUCCUUCAGUUCACGCAAAGAGCACAGAAGAUCCAAAAGGCUGCACAGACUUUCCAACCCUCGAGUCCGGCCGAGGAAAUCACAUUCGAGGACCUGGUCGAAGAGCUUGACCAACCUGGUAGCAGAGAAGCUUCCAUUGUACAGACGGUCGCUGACUCGAAAGAAUUCUUCAGCUCGGUACUGCGGAGUGUACAAGAGAUUCAAAUCGGACUGAGCUUUGUUCGUAUAUCGAAAGAAAUCGUGUCGCUUCGGCGGGCUAAUCUCCCCUUAAUCGCGAACAUGGUAAUUCAUGAGAUCGGCGUCGAUCUGCACAGGCUUGAUCAGAACUCGCCGUCUCAUCGCAUGUAUUUCUCGAAAGACGACGUCGCCCAUCAAGCUCUGGUUGCCGCUGUUUCAAUCUCGGUCAGUCUGGACGAGGACGACUAUCAGUCUAACAAGAUCAUGUACAUCCCGAUGGCUACAACCACAAUCAGAACGACUCUACCAUCCAAGACCAUGAGCUUCACGCAUGAAAGAGAUGUCGCUGAGAGAAACGCGAACAUUCUUUUUGCGAAUCUCGUUGUCACUUCUCCAUCUUUAGAUCUAGUGCCACCUCAUCUGAUGAAAUUGUUAGCUGUCGCUCAAUCUCAGGCUAAGCCCACGCAGGAUCCACCUCAAAACCGGCACCGACUGAUUUCAAGACUGCUCCCAAAAGCCAGCAUAAAGUUUUCCAUCCAUGAGCCCGUUGUCAGAUUCAUAUUGCCCGUCGCAAACCCUACAAAUUCAACUCCUGGUGACUACGACAUGAUCAUCUCCUCAAUCACCUCUAUAUCUUUGGACGUUGAGUCUUCGCACUCGGCAGGCGGAGAACUGUUGUACUCGUUAGGUUCGAACUUCCGCGUGAUGUCCCAUCAGCUGUACUACCAGGCAUCUACGGGCGUUAGGCACAACAUCAUCGUUACCGAGGCUCUGGAGAUCAAAGUCCAGGUGUCUGCUUCCACCGAGGUUGCUGUCAGCAUAUCUGGCAAUCUGCGCACGUUCUCCAUACUCAUGGUGCGCGAAGAGGUUAGUAAAGCAAUCUAUAACAUUGUACGGCAUGUCAAACGCCGAGUGCCUAUGAAUAAACCCAACACCGCCAGAGCGAUGUCGACAUCAUUUUUGCGAAAACUACCAUCUUGGAUCAUCGAGGCAUCAUUCGAAGGCUCUGGGUUCAGCAUUGAAACUGCUGGCAUAGAUUCUAGUGUAUCGAGCCAGACUCGGGGUGUUGCACUGGAGCUGGAAUCUUGGACAUCAAACUAUACGUCUUCUCGGUUGGACAUGGCGCGGAAACCAAUCACACGAAGGAAGACCAGUGCCUCCGCCCGUUUCGAGGAUUCGUUGUCGGCAGGCAGACAUCUCUCUCCUCCCACAUCGCCACCUAGACAUCGACACAGUGACCCAACUGACGGACGGCGUCUUACUUUUCAUGUCAAAGGCCUGGAUGGAUACAUUAUCGAAUCUCUCGAUAGCUGGGAGCCAAAGCCAUUUACAUCUAUUCCAAGAUUCGAGGUGGCCUUCAGCACAUCCAGGGAUCAACAGGGGCCGCUAUUUCACAUAAACUCCUCCAUUCGUGCCAUCUAUCUAGAGUUUUCUCUAUACAGACUAUACUCAAUUGGUGUUGCUGGCUCGAUUGUAAAAGAUGCCUUUUUGGGUCCGGCAGCUCCUUUGGUGGAUAUAAACGGGCAGCUGCCUAUUGGAACACCUUCCGCGGGUGCGGCAACCCAUCUACCUGUUCCCCUGGGUCAAGAACUUUCGGUUUUCGAUGUGAAAGCGCAUUAUGUUCAGAUUAAAGGUCACAUGCCAGCAGAUCCGCCAAUGAUGCUUCAGGUUUAUCAAGUCGCUGGUGGACGCCAUCGAUGGUCUGCACCUUUCCUGCGAGCUGAUCUUGUACGCUUGCAUGCUGAAGCACCUCAUAUGAGAGGUGUUUAUGCACGUAUUGUAUCAACCAGCAACCUGCGUCUGGACCUCCGGCAUGUGAAGAGAAAAACUCUGCACGGCAUGACUGAGGAACAUUCAAUUGAUGUCUCCACAGAAUUCAUUCGCUUGGCUGUGCCACAUGGUUUACAGAUGUACAAAAUCUUCGACAACUUCGUCAACACCGGAAAGGCAAUUGCACAAUUACGGCACCGCUUCAAGACCAGGACGAACGAGUAUAUCCUGAAGAAAGAGCCUGUCGGGCCAAAGAAAGUUCCUAGGGUAUCACUUCGAUCAAAAGUGCUUUGCUUCGAGCUCGAGGACGAUCCUUUCGAGUGGAAGCUUGGUGUUAUUUAUCACGCUGGUCGUAUCGAGCAAAAACAACGACUUGCUCGGGAGGAUGCAUAUCGAUUGAAAGUGAAGAGACUACAGGAAGAUCGCAGGCCCCGGUCGACAUCCAGAUUCCGAGGCCCUUCAAGCCGGCAUAAUUCUCCAGACACUGUUGAACGCAAUCCUCGGCGUUCUAAAAGCGCAGAUCUCACGCCUAGAAGACGGUCUGCCUCUCGAGGCAGACGUAGGGAAUCUGCGCGGCUAAGAUAUGACCGUGAAGGUGCUUGUGCAUUGACGACCAGCGCUAAAAUCCAAGCAGAUGAGGCGUGGCAAAAACUUCUGGAACACAAUGCGCGAAGCUGGAAGCGGCGUGUAGACUGGAUGAUGAGGCUUCAGAAUAAAACGAUCAAAAGCAUACGACAAAUGUUUGCUGGGGCAGAUGAGCCACCUCACGAUAGUGGCGAACACGAAGCUAUAUUGGGUGUACCCAAUAGACCUGGCUUGAUGACAGCCAUUAUCAGCGAUCUUCAUUUGCUUGUCGACAAGCCGUCUUUCCCAUCAGCUGAACUGCCUAAAUUUCUCAAUGAGAUUGGGAAAGGAAUGCCCUACGAUACACAAUAUGCCCUCCUGGUCCCCUUAAGUCUGAGUCUUGACAUGGGUGAGGCGCGCGUGAUGCUCCGAGACUAUCCUCUUAACCUCCUCCACAUCCCUGCAAUUCGACCAGGUCAAUCUGCGCGUCUGCCCAGUUGGUCGUUGAGAACUGAUUUUAUCAUUGCCGAAGAGUACAGAGAUGAGCAAUCUAUACGUCAUGUGAAAGUGGAAAUUGUGCCUAAGGGGCAACAUAUUCAAAGUGGUGAAGAAAUUCCGGGCUUUUACAUCGAUGUCAGAAGGACGGUGUCUCCAGUGAAGACAUUUUCCAAACCAGUCGUGGACAUCAACACAAGCUUACCGACGACAAUCUCCUGGGGCACGUCCUAUCAACCAGUUAUUCAGGACAUGAUGAUGACGAUCGAAGGUUUCACAAAGCCUGAGAUCGAUCCGUCAGAGCGUGUGGGAUUCUGGGACAAGAUCCGCAUGAGCUUUCAUUCACGUCUUGUUGUCAAUUGGAAAGGUGAUGGCGACGUCCAGCUACGGCUCAAAGGUUCUAGAGACCCCUAUGUAGUAACUGGCUACGGAGCAGGAUUUGUCAUGUGCUGGAGAAACGAUGUGCAAUGGUCAAUACACUCAAGCGACGAUCCACGCGAGUUCAUGACUGUUCGCAGUGGAGAGUACAUCUUGGCUAUUCCAGACUACAGCCACGAAGCCCGCAAUGCGCCUGAGCAGCAAGCCUCUAAAGAGACGGACAGCAUGUCUACCAGCAGCUCGCAGAAGAAUGCCGCAAUCUUCAAGAAGGUUAUCAUGAAGGUUUCAGGCAACGUCCAAUGGACUGCUGGUCUGGUCUUCGAGCGUGCUUUGGACGAUGGAGGACGAUCUUCUAGUUUUAUCCCACACUAUGAUGUGAUCCUGAAGAAUCCAGCCAUGAUGCAUGGUGUCGAUAUGAAGGGCUAUGAUGCAUUCCGUGGCUUCAGAAGUCAGCACAUCCACCUCUCUAUCGCUAUCGCGGCGCCAUUCGACCGAGACUGGCUGAGCGCUGAUGCAUCACCUUCGGAAAGUUAUAACAGCGUUCACCUGAGUCCCAGAUUUUUCUCACACUUUUUCAAUUGGUGGUCUUUGUUCUCCGGAGUCAUGUCCCUACCUAUCAGACAAGGGCCACUGUGGCGAGGGGUUGAGAAGUCGAGCAAGAAAUUUGGACGUCACCUAGCUACUAUCAAGUACGGCCUUUUACUGUCUCCACUCUUCAUUGCCCAUGUCUACAAGCACAAAGAUGCCGAAGACUAUCAAGAAGAUGUUGUCUCAGCUACAGGUCUGAAAAUCAAGAUUGACAGUUUUAUGCUUGAUCUCCACCAACGGCGCGAACAUUUCGACACACUGUCAAAAGGCAAAUCGGAACAAAUGAGGACAAGUGCUAUGAAGAUCAACAAAGCUGAGCUUGACUUCAUGAGAGCAGAUCUUCGAGCAGUGGCCGCUAGCAUAGCUGGGACUACUGCAGAAGACCUGCAAAAAGCAACGGAUGAAUCACUUUCAGCGUUCCAGGAGGUGUCACCAAAUAUCGACAUGUCUCAAUUCACCAUACCUGACCGUGAUUUCACCUGGAUCGACAUGGAUGAUUUUGUGGAAUUGGACUGGGUCCUACCUGCCGAAUCCAACCCGGAAACGAAGAUACUCCCUCUCGCAUUCACACCACGCUUUACUUAUUUCCGGCAGACCGAUCACGGACCUGGUGGCAUACAAGGUGACGAAUCUCGAACGAGCCCUUUUGGCGAGGAAGACACCCACUUCUGUGUCAUGUCCCGUCACAACGACCCCCGAAAGGUGCAAAUGAACCUUAUAGAAAGCAGGUUACACGACCUUGAAGACAAACUACAGGCGCAUAUGCGCAUCAUGAGUGACCAUGAAUUGAAAGUCAUUCGAGAUGGUGAUCAUGAUCAAGCAGUUAUGGAGAAGCAGAAAACACUGGUGGCGCAACGAAAAGAAUUGGACAGCAAACGCAAAUUCUUACAACAUGGUCUACAACGCCUGAUGGGCCAUGGCAAUCCAGGCGAACACCAUGAAUCAGAAAAGAGCAGCAGCUCUAAUCGACACGGAAGCACAGCGACCUCGGUGACCGAACUGGUCGAUGCUCAAAACAAUGGUAAUCCACAUGUCGAUAUGGACGCACUGUAUUCGUCCGCCCCUGACGAGUUCGCUAGUGACUUCAACAACCGCUUCAUCAUUCACAACGCUCAAUUCAAAUGGCACAACUCGUUGCGGAACAUUAUUCUUCGCUAUAGCCACCAAGUCAGCCAGCGGCGAGGCUUUGUUUAUUACAUGUCUCGCCGUGCCGUAAAGUUUCUCCUCGAUAUCGUCGACGAGCAAGCAAAGGCAAAAGAGAUGCGACGAAGGCAAGAGAAAAAGGAUGUUCCACCCGUUCCCGCCACUCCUAGUGUUAUCUCGCCAUCAGAUGAGAAAGAUGAAGAUUCCGUUGUGCAAGAUCGAAUUAACCAACUUUUGAGUGAUGCCACUCGUUUUGUGCAUGCCGGUGAUUCAGACCGGGACACGAGUCCCAAAACAGAAUCUGUCUCAGAUUCCAUCGAUGCUGCCUCGGAGCGACGACCUUCGACAGCAGACCUAGGCGACAAGAUAGCAGAAAAUUUCCAGGCGAUGAACAGCUAUCAUCUACGUUUGAUUGCCCCGCAAAUACAGCUACAGAGCGAAAAGAACGAGAAAGCAGUCGCGCUUAUUGCAACGAAAGGGAUGCAGCUGAAAGUCGUUUCAAUCAUGGACAAGGCCCGCAUUUCAGACGACGUCUCCGGUCUGGUUCAACGUCGAUUCGCCCUUGACAUGGAUGGUGCUCAGUUCUUCGUGGCUAGCCAAAAGACUCUCGCGCAGUACCUCCACUUGUAUUCGGGCAAUAGAUACGGUAAUGCGCCGGGCUCUUCUUGGCCACCAUGGGUCUCUCUUGAAGCGAUGUUUGACUUCCACCUGGAGCCUUUCGGCUUCCAAAGAGUUAUUCAAAAGACAUCGGCGAGCUUGCGGUAUGAGAAGUACAACCCGCUACGUCUGAAGUACAACGAAGAGGUCGAAAGCGAUGGAAGCGGCGAGAGCAAGAAUCCUUCCCGACGGGAGGACCGCAUUGACCACUUAUGGGUUGACUUUCCCAGAGUUCGUGCCCGUUGCGACUCCCAACAAUACUAUACCAUGUAUAUUAUUGUUCUGGAUCUGCUGCUGUACAGUGAGCCGCUAGAGAAAACACGGAGUGAACGUCUCGAGAAGAUUAUGCUGGCGUCAGACUUCAGUGAUCUACGAGGCGCCCCGGAAAUUGCACAGAACCUCCAGGAACGCAUUCGGCAGCUAGAGGAGAUCAAACUGCACUUCCAGAUCAACGCCAAAUACCUUGACAAGCGCGGUUGGCAGGAUCGGAUAAAUCUCGAAAAGGAUCUGACAAGCUGCGAGGAUGAACUCUUCUUCAUCAUGAAAGCCAUCAAUACGUCGCAGCAGAGAAAUGACGACCGCAAAGCCUCCGAAACUAGUGGUCUUUUGCGGUGGUACUUGAGCGCGUCUGAGAUUGUCUGGCAUUUGAUGCUCGACAAGGAUCAACCAUUGACGGAAUUUCAACUAGGCAACGCUGCAUACGAGCGAGUUGACAACAGCGACGGGUCAAAUCACAAUGCUCUAGAAGUUGAACACAUUCGUGGUUGGAAUCUUUUGACCAAUGCGUUGUAUCCAGAGAUCAUUGGUCCUUACUACGAGCCUGGAGACCGACGUCACAGCACAACACACGCCCAGAAAAUGGUGGAAGUGCACUGGUACAUGCUUGAAGCUAUCGCCGGUAUUCCCGUGCUCGAGCAGUUUUUCGUGACGGUGCAUCCUCUGAAGGUGCAGCUGGAGCGUGAGCUAGGGAAGAAACUGUUCGAAUACAUCUUCCCCGGUGUCGGCUCGAAUGCUUUCGAAAGUGACAACUUUUCUCCGCUGAUGGUGCAGAACAUGGCACCACUUGAUGAGGGUAACGAUCAAGAGCUUGAGGACGCGCAGAACGCUCUCAUGUCGGAGACUGAUCUUCGCGGGCCCAGCAUGGAACAGAAGAGAGACGCAUCUCCUGGGGAGAUAGCACGACGACUCAAGCCCACGUACGGGCUCAGCUACAAGGAAAAGGCCACCCCAUCUACCACGCAGCCCAAGUAUAAAGGACUGGGCAUUGGAUCCGAGCAUCACAAAUUCUUCAAGCAUUUCAACGCGUCAAAUCCGCGAUCGGUAUUGAAGGAGCCUACGCGCAAAGGCUCCUCAGGCAGUCUUCGCUCUAACAAGGGAAACAAUGCCUCGUCCGGCAGCCUUGUAGCAUUAGGCAAUGCAGAAGAGAAGAAGCUCAAUAUGCUUCAUCGCACCACGAGUAAAGAGCGCGGCGCGGUCAUCAAGAAGAGCAAGGACAAGAAAGAGAAACCGUCAGACGACCUGUCACAGAUGAUGGCUCGUGCGUCGAAUUAUAUGACUCUUGCCCAUGUCAAGUUGAACACCUUUAUCAUAUGCCUCAGCUACAAGGGCAAAGGAGAUCGCAACAUUGAGGACCUCCACGACUUUGUAUUCCGCAUGCCCACUCUCGAAUACAGGAACAAAACCUGGAGUAAUUUGGACCUUGCCCUCCGAUUGAAAAAGGAUGUCAUUCGUGCGCUGAUCAGCCAUACGGGCGCCAUAAUCGGCAACAAAUUUUCCCAUCACAGGCCGAACAAGAAGCAAGUCGAGCGGCUGAAGGAGAUUGCUAUGAGCAGCACCAUCCCAAAUAGUGAUAUCAAUCUACAGUUGUCGAACACGAGCGAGAACACUAGUCUCUAUUCCUUCAGCCAGGACAGCAAGGACGACGACUUUGAAUCCUCGGGGAUAACGUUUCAGAGUCCGACAGCGCAUGAGAACGGACAUGGGAAGAUGCCGGUGUUUGGGACAGGGGGACCGAGCCCACUACUGCGUAGUGGCAGCUGGAGCUCGAACACCAUGUCCAAAGUGCCCGUGUUGCAGAUGCCCAGAUCGAUGCCGCCUCCGUCAAUAGCAACGGCGUCAAGUUCAACCGGGUCGAUGGGUCCUCCGGCCAGGCCGAACACGGCAACUUCCCAGGCACCUUCCAGUGGAGGCGGGUCGAGGAAUUUACUCAAAGACACGAUUGGACGUCACUUUUCAGGCGAGUCAUCCAAGGGACGUGGUGUACAUUUCGGACCUCUGAGUCUCGGAAAGAGCGAGAGCCACAAGGACGUUCCCAGCACUAUGAACCAUGGGCGCGACGGACAACAUGACGACGGCGCGGAAAGUGACCCAGAAGGCCACCGUAGGAAGAGCGUGCUCCUGCUGGGCAAGAAGGUGCUUAAUCGGCUUAGUUAGGAGCGUGGCUGAACGGUGCUUGCUUGCUUGCCUGCUUCAUGAGGGAGUGAGUAUUGAAAGAGAUGUUGCAUGAUAUGAGCCUGGCGUUGAGGUGUCUUUCGGACCUACCUGCCUAGACAAAAAGGCAGGGUCACGUUGGGUAUGAGCAUGACUAGGUACCUAGGUGGGCUUGGGGGUAGAGCCUACUUUGAGAGCCAAGGGGGCUAGAUUGUGUGUCGUGUUGAUGAAUGAUGUAUCGAUAUAUCCCGGCCAAACCAACGAGACACAGAUAGGGACACAAAGUCUCGAGUCCUUUUUGGGUGUCUUUUUUGGCGGUGACGAAACUGAUUCAUGAACAUAUGGGCGGGUUUGGUUGUGUAUAGUUUAGUUUUAUUCAGUCGCAGUAAAAGAAUUGCUUGCGUAUAUGUUUAGUAGGUAGUCAUAGUCAUAGUCAUAUGCUGUUGUUACUGAUACUCC